AGUCACGCAUGCGCAGAAAACACGCCUAGCGGCCAAAGUUGUCAGUUUUAUUAAGUCUUAGCACCGGGACACCACUGCCGCGUAUCUCGUUAUACAGUAGAAUUGAGACGUGUGUCAAACACCUAUACCAGCAGCACAGCAGACGGUACUGCAAGACAUGGUGAGUGUGGACAGAAGUGACCACACAGCAAACUGCCAGGCAAGUCCAGCCAGCCAGUAUUGUGUGACAUCAGCAGACAGUCGGCGCCACGCAUCUCGCCAUGGAAUCUAGCCACCCCGGCAACGCCGAUGAAUUGACCGGGGCAAUGAUGAAAGAAAAAGUAACAGAGGAACUGAUCAUUGCUGUGAGGGAAGGAGACGAGGCAUGCAUGAUGUUGGCCCUCACUAAGGAUGCCCGCCCCGAGGUCACCGUCUCUAAUAAUGCUGGAAAGUCAGAGUGUCUGGUAUGUAUAGCUGCCACCGAAGGCCACGAUCACCUGCUGCCUCACUUACUUCAGGCUGGGCUGAGCAUAGAAGGUGGAGGCACCACUGAUAGGACACCCCUGAUGUUGGCUGCCGAGAAGGGUCACACCCUCACAGUGAAGGCACUAUUGACCCUUGGCGCUAACUCUCUUAAAACAGAUAGUGGAGGAUUUACAGCCCUGUACCAUGCUGCGUGGUGGGGCCACCAACAAUGUGUGGCAGCCCUAGUGCCCGUCACCCCUCCCGCUCCUGCACACAUCAAGGCAGCCACCUCAGUGCAUGCCGCCAGUUAUAAUGGCCACGUGGAGGUAUUGGAGCAGCUGGUGGGUGCUGGCUGGUCUCUCACAGCUAAAGACAGUCUUGGCAACGCAUCCCUGCACAUUGCUGCAAUGGGGGGACAUGUAAGAGCUGUACAGUGGCUGGUGCAGCGAGGUGGUGACCUGUCCGUGCAAUCCGAGGCUGGAUAUACUCCCCUGAAGAUGGCCGUGAUGUUCGGCCGCCACGAGGUGGAGACCUGGAUUGUCAAAAAUGGCGGUGGUGUAGUGAGGAGCAAACAUUGGCGUGUGGACGAAGUGGUGGCGUGGCUUGGAGGGCAUGAAGGCCACCACAACACAGUCCUGUCCUGGCUGAUGGCGGGCGAUCCGGCAUCCAUAGCCAACGUCCCUGAGGUCUGUGACGGUCACACGCUGAACCAGAAAGGCUUGACGCCUCUUCAUGUCGCGGCUCUGCGCGGGGCUCCCACUCGUGCUGUGAAGGCUUUGCUGGAACGCGGCGUAAGCCCGCAUGUGAUCUCCCCUGACAACAUGACUCCCGCUGAUCUGGCACGGCAGGAAGGUCAUGACUCUGUAAUUAAAGGACUGCAGUGCCACCAUUGCGAACAGAGUAAUGCACUUCCAGAAGAUCUUUACGAGGAGCUCCUGUCAACAGUCUGUCACGGGGACGACGUGCAGGCGGUGUCCAGUCUCCUGUGUAAGGGUGCUGCUACAGAGAGCUUUGGUGGCCGCUCCGUCCUCAAGCUGGCUGUCACUACCGAUCGUCCACUCACCGUCAACCUGCUACUGGCUAGUGGUGUGCCGCUGCCCGCUAGCCUACUGCUGGAGGCUUGGCAAAGCCCUGACGUUACCCAUAGAGUGCUGGCCUCCCUCACCAUCGCCUACAGCAGACGGCUGCUUGCAGAGCAGCGACGCCUGGAAAAUGUUAGUCGCAAUCUUGCUGAGGGUAUUAACAAUCUGGUGAAAGCCAUCGAGGGAAAUACCCCCUGGGAAACUGCCUGGCGGUGGGGAAAGGAAACUGACCGUCCAGCACUAAGCGACCUCCUGAUAAAGGCUGCAGCUGCCAACUGUCCCGUGACUGCUGCCUUCUUACAUAGGGCUGGAGCAUGGUCAGUUUUUAGCCAGGCCCCAGGUGGGAAUGCCCUACACUCUGCCCUGGAGGCUGGCCACAAGGGUAUGGCUGAGCUGCUGAUCAGGGACCUCGGCGGCUGCCCAUACCUGCCUGACACAAAUGGUCGCCUUUCACUGGACAUGAUGACAAAGGAGGAGCAACAGAGGCUGGAGCAGAUGCUCUUUAAGGAGGAGCGUGAAAAACUGGAGAAUAUGGAGAUUCGCUUGAAGGCAGAUCAUGAGAAGCAAGCAAUACUGUCAACGCUGCAUGUACAGAAGGUUCUUUUUGAGAGUUACAAGAAUGGUAAGGUUGAGAAUGUCUCCUCACCUGAUGGCCGUGCUGCCCUGUUGUUGGCUUCACGCAAAGGCCUUCUGCAGGUUGUUUAUCUUGUAUUACAAGACGGUCGCUUCCCUGUGGACGAUGUCCUGGACAACACUUGCGGUACCACUGCCCUACACCAAGCGGCCUCACACGGCCAGGACGGAUGUGUGGCGCUGCUAUUGAGCGCCGGUGCCAACGCACAGCAGCAUGAUUUCUACGGCCAGACGCCACGUCACAUGGCUGCCAUGUUUGGACACAAAAGUGUUUUUGAACUUUUGGCACACGAAGAGACGCAGGACCCUCCUUGCCGUGCCGGCACCACAGCCACGCAGGUAAGGAAAAAUUUUAAGAUAUAUCACAGUAUGUAUUACAAGUACAACAGAAAGUUACAUUCACUAUCUGACCGUCAUGACCCCGAAAGCGUCAUAAGAAAUCUUGUGAAAUCCAUACGCUUGUCAGAGCUGCAGGAGGAGGCUCAGCGGCUGGCUGUGAAUCUAUCAAAGGGUGAGGCACUUGAAGUAAAGGAGGCCGUUAUGGCAGAAGUAAACAUCAUCAUGAAUAAGGUGUCAGCCGCUGAUCCCACCUACCGCGGCGACUUGAGACUGGUGGGCAGUUCUCGGGACGGCUCUAAAUUGUACGCCCCCGAUGAAUUUGAUAUAAAUCUCGUGAUUAACGAGGAUGACGUAGGAGUAAAUGUUAGCAAGAGAGGAAAGGAAGAAGCUCCGCUGAAGGGCUUGUUACAGAUUUCUGUAAAGACUACUCGCCCACACCUUGAAGGAAAUAGAUUUAUGGCCAACCUAUAUGAAGAGAUGCACCGCUGCCUCGCUGGACAUAUUCUGCAAGACGAAAGACUGAGCCUCGUGCCACCAGGCCUUACAAGCACCCAAGUGGGCGUGGCACUCUCCCUGGCAUGGCAAGGACAACAGUAUCCACUUCUGCUUGUCAGCGUGGAUCUAGUGCCGGUGCUUGAGGUGCCGUGGGUAGAACAAGUUUCCAGACCUUUUCUCACUCCCAAAGACAGCACCAGCAUACAGCUCAGUAAUGCUGCAGACAAAACAUGGCGCUGCAGCUUUGCCUUGACAGAGGCAAAGGUACUGCAGACGAUAAGUCCCAUGGAGCGCCAAGCACAGGUGAUGGGAAAGGUACUCCUUUCCCGUCUUAAGGCCGAGUCCUGGAUGCCUCGACACAAAAAGAGCUUUUUCAAGUGGUUCACCGUACGAGAGUGGAACAUCGCUGUGCCAAGCGGUUUCUGUUUCAAGAACGCGCUCCUGCGAUGGCUGGAACAGAGGCGAAGGCUGGAAAUGGAGCUUGGGGACCACGCCAAGGAGAUGGGGACUGGACCGAAAAGGGACUCUGCCCAGCUGCUUGAGGUGAGGCAAGAAGGGAACCCAACUAGAUGGCUGCUUGAAAUAUUCAGACUGAUAUGUGCAAACCCAGAGGAAUCACGGGAACACUUAGUAACUAAAAACAACUCUGCAUAUUUUGGGGGAGACUGUGAAGGCCAGAAGCCUGGGGACGGGGCACCCGUCAUCGUGCAGUGUCUGGAGGAAGAAAUGGAAAAGUUGUGUCCUUUGCCCUCAGCCAAAGCAGCUAGGCCGCAAUGAGACAAGUAUAAAAUGCACAAGAUGUAACAUGUGUUAUCAUCAGCAGCGUGUUGUGCCACCCGUGAUAAGGAACACAAGACAAGGGCUUGAUGUUCGAUUUUCAGACUGGAUAGUUUAAUUUAGCUAAUUAGUUACAAGACUGGUAUAAAGAAAAUGAAGAUUUUUAUGACAUAAGCGUUGUGAGCAAUAAAAUAUUUAUUAGGCUCUCAUCAGUACACACUUGUUGGCUUCUAUAAUAAUACAGGCUGAAUAAUGUAAUACUAAAUGCUGAGGUAAAUGGCACAUAUAGCCAGAAGGAAUUUUCAAGUAUUUGUCCACCGAUUUGUCUCUGUUCAGGAACAAAUAACUCAGUGAGCCAUUUCAUUUAUUUAGUUAUUUAUUCACAUUUUUUUAUCUAUUCAUUUAUUUAUGUUUUUAUUGAUUUGUUG